AUGGCGACGAACCAAGCAGUAAAGACAAUCGAAGCGGGCGUCGCAAAGGUAGUCGACGCUCCGAUCCCCACCCUCCCGGCCGACGACUAUAUCCUCGUCAAGACGACGGCCGUGGCGAUCAACCCGACGGAUUGGAAGCACGUCGACCUCGCCGAUAAGGCGGGCUGCGUCGGCAUCUGGGUCGGGUGCGACUAUGCUGGUGUUGUCGAGGAGGUGGGCAAGGGCGUGACGAAGGACUUCAAGAAGGGGGAUCGGAUCUGCGGGCCUGUAAAUGGAUCCAACGCUCUGAGAGAGAUUGACGGUGCGUUCGCAAAGUACAUCGCCGUCAAGGGCGACGUGCAGAUCAAGACGCCGGAUAACAUCUCGGACGAAGAGGCCGCGACGCUCGGCAUCGCCGUCACCACAGUCGGCCAGGGCCUCUACCAAGGCCUCAACCUCCCCCUCCCAACCGAGCCCACGACCGCCACGCCGGCCCCCACGAUCCUCAUCUACGGCGGCAGCACGGCAAUGGGCAUCUCGGGCAUCCAAUACGCGAAGCUCUCCGGCUACCGCGUCCUCGCCACCUCGUCCCCUCGCAACUUUGACUACCUCAAGUCGCUCGGCGCCGACCAGGUCUACGAUUACAAGUCGCCCACCGUCUCCGAGGAUAUCCGCAAGGCGACCGACGACGAGCUCACGCUGGCGUGGGAUUGCCAGUCGACCAACGAGAGCGUCGUCUUGGUGGCGAAGGCGCUGAGCAGCGCAAAGGGAGGCGUGAUCGGGACUCUGUUGCCUGUUGAUAAAAAGGUCGUCAAGGAGGUGAAUGACAAGGUGGAGGUGAAGAUGAGUUUGUAUUAUACUGUUUUCGGGGAGGAGUUUGGAUACUUUGGCAAGAGGGACCCCGUACCGGAAAAUUACGAAUUCGGCAAAAAGUUUUGGGAAAUCAGCCGCGGGUUGCUGGCCGAGGGCAAGCUGAAGCCCAUCCGCGUCGUCAAGAAUCAAGGGGGCAGCGGCCUCGAGGGCGUCGUUGUCGGGUUGAAGGAGUUGAAGGAGGGCAAGGUCAGCGCCGGCAAGCUCGUCUACACCAUUUAA